UUCCAACAUUCGUUGUCAAGUCUUGUGUUGUGUCAUGAAUUGACCGAUGCAAAAGAUUAGAUUGCGCAUGUUAUAAUCUUUGCACCCUAGGUGGUUGCUUAGUGUUGUUUUUUUCCACGUCCUUAAUUAUCCGUGAAAAUGUCUGGAUUUGAUGAGAAUCCUUUCAGUGAACCAACCCUUGAUAAUCCCUUUGAGGACCCAGCUGUUCGGCAAGUUACUACAACCACAAACAAUGCACAGCGUGGUCUUGAGGAUUACAACCCUUUUGAGGACCAACGGCCAGGACCGGGUGCUGGUGGACCGAAGUUCCCCUCUCCCCCUACUGCCCAGUCAGCCAUCAUGCAACCCUCUCAGGAAGCACAACCUCCAUCAUACAACAGAAGUGGACAGCAAACACAAUUAACUACUGCAGAGUUCCAGCGUCGUCAAGAAGAGCUUGAAAGGAAAGCUCAGGAACUGGCAAGAAAAGAAGAAGAAUUGAAAAAUGCUCCUUACAAUGUCAGAAGAAACAAUUGGCCACCGCUUCCAGAGAAAUGUUGCUUUCAACCAUGCUUUUAUCAAGACAUUGGUGUGGAUAUUCCUCAUGAAUUUCAAAAGAUUGUUCAACAGUUGUAUUAUGCAUGGAUGUUUCAUGGCUGUGUAAUGGUCCUUAAUAUACUGGGAGGCCUGGCUCUCCUUUUCAAAGGUGGUGAUUUUGACACAUUUGGAUUGGCAAUUUUGUACAUGCUUUUGUUUACACCUAUAUCAUUUCUUUGCUGGUUCAGACCAGCAUACAAGGCAUUCAGGAGUGACAGUUCCUUCAACUUCAUGGUAUUUUUCUUUGUUUUCUUCUUUCAACUCGUGGUUACUGUAAUCCAAGCAAUAGGCCUACCAGGAACAGGAACAUGUGGGAUCCUUGUUGCUCUAAAGAACUUUGAAAAUUCACCAGCAGGUGUUACAGUUGGCAUCAUCCUUCUUAUUGUGGCAUUUGGAUUUAUGGGUGCUGCCGCUGUAGACAUUCUUUUGCUUUCCAAGAUUCAUCGUAUCUACCGCAGCACUGGAGCUAGCUUUGCCAAAGCACAGCAGGAAUUCGCAAAUGGUAUUCUCAGCAAUGAGACUGUUCGCUCUGCGGCUAGUGAUGCUGCAGCUGCAACUGUCCGUGCUCAGCUGUCUCAGGCAUCUAGUCGUUAUUAAUUGACUGGCUCUUUUAGAAUUCAGUAUUCUUUAAUAUUUCAUGAAGUUUUGAAUUUAUCUAACAAUAUAUUUUAUGUGCAACCUUGAUUGAUUGAUUAUUGUUGCUUUUCAAACUUAAGACCCCAGCCAAUAAGUUGAAGUCCAGGUUGUACUGUCUUCUCCCCAUCUAGUUUUCUGAAUUUGUAACUUCCAAUUUUCAUUCCUGCUUGCUUCCGGACUAAAUUUUCUUGACAAAGAAACAACCUGGUCUUAAAUUAUACAAUCCUGGCAUUUCUGAUCAUUGUAAUAAGGGGAAAGUUAUGACUCAAAAUAUAAUUUCUGUACAUUACAUAAAUUUUGUGAUUUGCAUCAGAAAAUGGUAACCUUAUAUUAUGUUUAAGUAUGCUGGUAUGAAAAGGGCAGUUUGUGCUGGAGCUUUAACUAUUUCAUAAACUUCUUUUAAGGCCUAAUUGUUGGUAGGUCUUUAUUGUGUUUAGGUCCCUUAUCUUUCAUCUGGAAUAUAAUUAUUGUUUUAAAAUGUGAUCAAUUUUGCCUUGUGUCAAAUGUUUACUGUUGAAUCUGGUCAAGUUUAGUUGUUUAGACCAUAUAGUUUCUUUUUAAAAGUAUAUGCUGAUAACAAGUUCUGUCUUGUUUGGUUUGUGAUUAAUGUGAAACAUCUGUCAUUGACUUGUUAUUUCUUUGAGUUAUGUAUGUGAUCAAAUCUGACUAGUGCCAUUGAAGGCAAAAUUAAACUAAUAUAAUUGUCUUACAUUGGAGUGUAAGUCAUGAUGAUCCAUCUACAAUUUGCAUGUAUUUUUUUUUUUUUUUUUGUAUUUUAAGUACAUGCACAGGGAAAAGAUUGAUCUCAAAAGAUUUUAGUGCUCCAAGCAUAACAAUUAAAGUAUGCAUGUUGGGUGUGGAUGAUUUUUAAUGGCUCAUAUUUUUAUUAGAGAAUAGCUUGGUUUUUAAAGAAUCAUCCCUCACACAGUGGCCCAUAAAUGUUUGUGAUUAUACAUUAUUCCAUUUGUGCGAAGUUUGAGAUCUAUUAUUAGUGUUAUUUCAAGCUAACUAAAUUGCCUCUUAUGUUAGUUUGCUACAGUGUUGUACUUAUCCUGGGAGAAUUCUGGAAAAUUUCAGAUUCAAGUUAGUUUUUUUUCUUCAUCAAAAUUCAAUGUAGGGAUUUUUUAUUUACUGCAGUUGCUUUUAUUUUAUUGCUUACUCCAAUGUUUCCACAUCUUGUAUUAUAAAACCUAAGUUGAAGAUGUCCUAGUUAUUCCAACUGUAUUAUACCUAUUGAUUAUUCCUGUACCUUUUACAUCAAUGGCAACUGAGCUGUGCAGCUUGACUAAAUUUUCUGUGGAAAAUUAAGUUUAAAAUGCUGACAGUGUAACCAAACUGUAUUGUUUUCCUGUUAGGAAACUUUUACUACUAAAUUCCAUCCACUUAUCUCUCAUACUGAUGUGAUUAAAGGUAAUAUGUAAA